AUGCACCGCCAACAACAAAAGCCUCAUACUAGAGGCACUACUAAUACUUCACCGCCAUCCACGAAACGGCCUCCUUUACACCGCCAUACCUCUUCUCCUGUUGCUAAAACUACACCUACACCUACUCCUACUCCUGCUCCCUCUCCUACAUCGCCUACCCCUAAAAAAGGCUCGGCUAUCAAGCCCCAACGACCCGCCCUUUAUCACCGCAAAACCGCUUCAGCUCAUUUCCAUCAUCCUCAACGAAACAAAUCCCAUCAAUCACUUGGAAGAUUAUUAGGGGCAGGAUCUGGUCCUGCCAGUUAUUCUGUCAAACCAGAAGUCGAACAUUUUGAGAUGGCGACUAGUUUUUUACAAUAUUGCGCCAUGUGUGAGAAACAGAUAACGGUGCCCAGCAACUCGGUUCUGUACUGCAGUGAAAGCUGCCGUCGCAAAGACUCUUGCAAACCUCUCUCAGCUUCUUCAUAUACAUACACAAUGACCUCCUCCCCUUCAUCACCCAUCAACAUCGACACCUCAUCAUCAAUAAUGUCUACCACACCAACCUCAAAACCAAUUCCAGUAUCCCGCCCUCUGGUCGCAAGGAUACCUUCCGACCUCCACGACGCCAAAUCGGAUCUUGAUCCCACCGAAUGGAAACCCAUUAUAUCCGGCGGUAACCAUCGACACGGUCGAGACGGGUCGUCGACCUCGCUCGCAUCGAGCGAUGCAUGGAACUAUCUUUCUCAGUUCCAUCAUCCGCGCGGCCAAGACGAGAGGAUCUCUUCAUCGACUCCGUCGUCGUCAAUGCCACUAUUCCGUCGUCCGCCGACGGCUCGGAAUAGUACCUCCAGUCUAUCGACGAUGGCGCCUUCGCUCGUUAAUACGCCGAGCACGACCACCGCCUCGUCCUCUGUGACUGGUAGUCCGCCUUCGUCGUCAUCCAUGUCCUCUGCAUCGGAAUACAUUAGUGCCGCUAUUCCGUCCUAUGGAGGAUACGGCAACUAUACUAGUACUUCAGAGAUGGCGGUAGCUGGCAUGAUGGAUCCCAGUCGUCCUCUACCGCCUCGACACAACCCUUCCUUCUCGAAUGGUGGUGCCGGCGCCACUAAAGGGGUCGAAUUGGUUGUGCCGCAUAUCAUGGCCUCGGCUGAGGAGGAGGAUGGGCAUGUCCAGGAGGGGAUUUGGAUGAGAGUUUAG